AUGGCAAGGCAAUUUUUAGUGAGACAUAAGGAAGCAGAGUCGAUUGUCCCUGAAAAACCUACUCCCCAUGAAAUAAGACCACUUUCUGAUAUAGACGAUCAAAAGGGCCACAUAUUUCAUUUACCCAUGAUUAUGUUUUUUAGCUAUAAUCAAUUCUUGGACGAAAAGAACCCUGUUGGGGUGAUUAGGGAUGCAGUAGCUAAAGCACUUGUUUAUUACUAUCCCUAUGCAGGCAGGCUCAUUGAAGGGCCUUCAGAUAAGAUUCUUGUCAACUGCACAGCUGAAGGGGUGAUGUUUAGAGAAGCCAUUGCAGAGGUUAGGCUCGAUCAACUUCAUGACUUCAUGCAGCCACCAUUUCCUUACUCAAAGGAGUUCUUAGUGGAUGCUUCUGACUCUACAGAGAUCUUGGACAGUCCAUUGAUGUUGAUUCAGGUGGACAAUACUACCAUUUCUUCUAAUAACAUUAGAGACUGUUUUCCGUCAAAUUUUCACUCUAUAUCAAAACACAAGGAAGUUUAUAGAUAUUUUGAAACUUUAAAGGACUUACAUGAUAGCAUAAGAGACUACGGGGUUAUUAUGCAAGAAAUCCACCAUACGUCACAUGUGUGCAUAAUGAGUUCGAGGUGGAGAAAAACAGUAAUAGUUGCACUGAGCCUACAAUAUUGGACUCCCCUCUCAACCUUGUACGUCAAGGCUUUUUUUUUCGGACCACAAGAGAUAAAAGCCAUCAAGAAAUACCUACCACCAAACAUUCGUCAUGCAUCAAGAUUUGAUCUGGUAACUGCACUUGUAUGGAGAUCAAGAACAAUAGCCUUACAAUUGGAUCCUGAGGAAAUCGUUACUCUUACCUAUGCAGUCAAUGUUCGUGGUAAAAAUAAACCAAAGUUGCCUAGUGGUUAUUAUGGCAAUGGAUUUGUCUCUCCCGCUGCAGUCUCAAAGGUCAGCCAAUUGUACAACAAUUCAUUUGUCUAUGCAUUAGAGCUAGUGAAGAAAGCAAAACAUCAAGUAACUGAGGACUUCAUCAAGUCAGCCAUUGACUAUAGUGUUUUGCAUGGAAAACCAGGGUAUUCUACGUUGUUGAAGGAUUGGAUUGUUUCGGAUGCAUCAAGAACUGGAAUUGACGAGGUAGAUUUUGGCUGGGGAAAGCCAAUUUAUGGUGGAACUAUGGAUGGAGGACCAACUUUUAAUAUGACAGUUUAUUCGCGACUUCGAAAUACCCAAGGAAAUGAUGGGUUGGUGGUGGCAGUUUGCUUGCCAGUUGCAGCAAUGGAAAAUUUUCAGAAGGAGAUGGAGAAAAUGAUCAAGGGGCCAAUGGACGAAUGCAACAAAUUUUGGCAUCCAAAGAUUAUAUCUAUGCUUUAA